UUUUGAAUGCGUGACUCGUGGGAGAGAGAAGACGAUGUCGAUGCCAAGGUGGAAAAUUUGAGCACUUUCCGCCGGAGUUACUCCAGAAAAUUGAUCUAGAUCUCCUCCUGAUAUGUUAAAGGGAAUCUUAGACGGUAUAACAGCCAUACAGAGUGGAAAGCGAGGCGGGAUAUAGGGCGAAGCUGGUUGGAACUUGUCUGGUGAUCAAACCGGCUUGAUUCGUCGUUCGGUCGCCCGAAAACACAUAUUUUUUGCUUCGCCAUGCCGAUCGAGAACGUGGAAGCCUUCAAAACCUGGCUCGCGAACACGCUUUCACCGAUUUGUGAUGCCGACCCGCAGGCCUUGGCCAAGUACGUUGUGGCCCUUGUGAAGAAGGACAAACCUCAGGAGGAGCUCAAGGCCCUGUGCAAGGAUCAGCUGGAAGUCUUUCUUCAGAAAGAAACAAACACCUUUGUGGAGAGCCUGUUUGUUGCGCUGAACACCAAGACGUACCUGCCUGUCCAUGUGCCGGAGCCUGUCCCUGUUCCUGUCCCUGAACCUGAGGAGAAGAAACCAGAACCCAUCAUCACACACAGGAAAUCAGAAGAUGUCCCUGAUGAUGAUGAGCGUGACUUUCGCCGGGUGAGGAAACGCAGUCGUAGCCGCAGUCCCCAUGACAAAGGUCGAGGGAGAUCAGGGUCAGCAGAAAGGGAUAGAAAACGGUAUGGAGAUGAUGAUAGACCAAGGCGAAGGGAUGACUACAGACCACGGGGCAGGGAAAGGGACUACCGACGGGACUAUGGAAGGGAGAGAAGAAAUUACACGUCUCCAGACAGAAGACCUCACAAGGAUGACUCCAGUUCUGCCCCUGGAGAGUCGGCUGCUGGGAACUCUCCUGACGGUGUGAACGCCCCUCCCCCCACGUACACCACCCCCUCCCUCAGCAGCACCAUAACCGUCGUCUCCAACGACCAGCCCUGGAUGUCCCAGGGAGGGCGCGGGAACUUCCGCGGGAACGACAGAGGUCGUGGUGGGUUCCGAGGGGGGCGGGGCAGAGGGGGACCCCCCCGGCCGCAGAGGUGCAGGGACUAUGAUGAAAAGGGUUUCUGCAUGCGGGGAGAGUUGUGCCCGUUUGACCACGGCCCUGACCCAGUAGUGGUUGAAGACAGCAGUCUGCCUGGUAUGCUGGCUUUCCCACCUGCCAGCAACGGUCAGCAGCAGGGCAUGCCGCCUAUAGGGCCUCCAAGGCCCCCUAUGUCACAGGCACCUCCGUUCAGUGCAGGAGGGCCACCACCACCUCCACAGCAAGGACCCCCUAACAUGGGCCCAAGGCCACGUGCACCCAUGGGCCCAAGAGGGCCACGACCCCCCAGGCCCCCCAUGUCACAACCCCCUCCAGCUACAGGGGAGGGGGGGCCCAGACCUCCACCACCUGGACCAGGACUGGCACCCCCCAGGCCUCCUCCGGGCCCCCCUCCACCCAGGAGAGCGACCCCACCCCCAGGGACAGCACCACCACACCCCCCUGUACCCCGUGGCGGACCACCCCCUCCUCCCAGAUAUCCACAAGACAUCAGAAUGACAAUCAUGCCACCAAAACAUAUCAGAAUGACACUUCCAGCCCCACCACCAAAAAGAGAGCCGUUUGAUCAGGAUGGUUACAACCCUGAGCUGCCUGGACUUGAUGCAGGUCCUGUUGUAGGGAGGCCCCCUUACUGGUCAGGAGGGAAUAAUAGGAACCCGACCCAGACUCGAGCACUGGUGUCUGUACCCAUGGUCUCUACUAUCACCACCCCCAAAGUGGAGACUCAAGUGUCAGACUCAACCUCUGGCCACACCCGGGUGGUGAUUGACAGCGGAGAAAGUCGUAAGAGAACGUUCCACCAGGCCAUGGGUCCUGGCAGUGGUGCAGGGAUGCCUUACACAGGGCCACCUGUCAAACAAGGUGGUCACGUCAGAGAUAGACUUGGAUGGAAGCACACUAACUGCACCUUGGAAAUCAAGAAGGUUCCACGAGACAUGAACACUGUCUCCAAGUUGUCUGGUUACUUCGAGAGGUUUGGGACUGUCUCAAAUGUCCAGGUGUGUUUUGACGGUGACGCGGAGAGUGCCCUGGUGACGUUCUCCAGUAACGCAGAAGCGCGAGCGGCGCACCAGUGCACGGACGCCGUCUUAAACAACAGGUUCAUCAGAGUCUUCUGGCACAACAAGGACCAGCCGCAACACCAUCAGGGACAGUCCACGCCUGGCGAGGCUGCCCAUCCCAACCCUGGGCCUGUCAGGUUGUCAGUACGAGAUCGUCUGUACAUAAACCCUGAGCAUGCCAAAACUACAGGCAGUUCAGGGCCAAUAUCAGAAAAGGUCCACGCAUCAUCAUCAGGUCUUUCGAAGACUGUGUACAACCCAGAAGCCAUGAAGAAAGUGAACACCCCCCAGGCAGCUAAACAGCCUUCCGCCUCACAGAUAGCAGCACAGAAGGUGGCCGAGGCACAGGAGGCACUGAGGAAAAAACAGGAGGAGAAGAAAAAGGAGGCGCUUAAGUUAAAGAUGAACCUUCAGACAAAGAAACAGGAGCUGCUACAAAAGCAAAUUCAGCAACAAAAGAUGUUAAUAGAAAGACUGGAGAAGAACAAAAGUAUGGCUGCUCCAGAGAGGGACGCUAUAAUGAAGACAUUAAAGACUGUACAGGAGAGUAUAACCAAGUUGAAAACUGAUGAACCACCCAAAGCUGCAACAUCGACAAAGCCAAAGACCAGACAAGAGGAGUCACGGCCGCUGCACAUGUUGCAGGCUCAGAGAGAGCUGCUGGACGCCGAGAUGGACCUUCUGAACGCCAAGACGGCCGGGGAAGACACCACGGCGCUCAAGAAAAGACUAGCAGAGCUACAGCAAGAGGCACAGUCCCUGGGUCUGCUGAAUGCUGGCCGCGGCAGGGGGAGGGGGCGUGGCAGGGGCAGGGGGGGUGCUGUGAGGGGGAGAGGCAGGGGGAGGCCGUACCUGAGAACUCGAGCGGGGGCAGUUCUGGACAGGAGACCCAAACAACUCGCCAUCACGGGGUACCAGAUAGGAGACAAGGACGAGAUUCUCACACACCUGUCGCAAUUUGGUGAGGUUGAGAAAGUGGAGUAUGAUGAGACAGGGUUAACCUUGCUGCUGGAGUUCAAGACAAGGCUGGAGGCUGAAAUUGCUGCCACAAAGGGGAGUAUUUUCAAGGGCAUGACCUUGAACAUCACAUGGAACCUUCCGACCAGGACAGUGACCUUGGACCAGGAUGAGGAAGGGGAGGUGGACCUGAAUGAUGAUGAAGAGGAUGCCCUCCUGGCUCCGCUGCCGGAUGAUGAUGAGGAUGAUGAGGAUGAAUCAGAGUCCAGGUCCUGGAGACGGUGAUACAGGAGCGACUACGUCCAACCAGUGUUCUAGCCAGCCUGAAGUGUUUUUCAUCAUCUCAUUUUUGUUCGACAUAACGUCACCUUGAACGUGUAAGAUGUGAGGCCUUGCCACAGUCGGGCAUGUUCCCCAGAAAAUUUGGAAAUCUUGUCCUUCUGCAAUGCUUUUUUCUGCAUUUUAGAGAAAAUUUUGCUGGUAGACUAAGCUGAGUUUGAUGCCAACUCUUUCCCUACACUUACAUGGCGAUUUUAGCCAUCAAAGAUGAUGGAUUGGGCAAACUUUUGGUCCGUAAUGAGCAUGAUGGAAAGAUGGAUGCUGGCUAGGACACUGUGUACAAAUCUUCCAAACACUACUGUUACAUCAUGCUUCUCAUGAGGGGGAAAGCAUUGUCUGAUAUUUUUAGCAUAAAGCAAAUUUUCUGGGCCUUGUCAUUUAAGUAUUGUGGCAGUGUUUCUUCAUUUUGUCCAGAAGUUCUGCCGAAGAUGGUACAUUCAAGUGUAUCAUGAAAGUUCAUCUGUAUUUCAAGUGUAUUUAUGUCAUACAAAACAUCUUGAAAUUUCAAACAUAACAUGUACAGCUGUAGGAAUUCACUGCCACAUGUAAAAAAAAUACUGUUGACUAUAUCUCACAAUGUUACAGUUUAGCUAAGCUAAAAACUGAUGUCAUGUAGCAAGUUGAAUAUGUUUUGUAAAAUUUGUACUAAUUCAGUGCUUAGAAAAAGCAGUAUAAUUCCACUGAAUCCCGAUUACGCUGUUGUUGCUUGAUUGUUUACUUUUUUAUGUCAAUUGGGAUGUUAAUCUAGCUUGUUCCAGUCGACUAGUCAGUGUUCCAUUGAAAAUUUCAGGCAUGGGCGCUCAGAAAAUCUUAAAUAAUCACCCUAUGGAGUGACUAGAUAUUUGGGAGAUAGGUAGCCUCCACUAGGCUUUCCUAAGGUUAGGAUGGUAGAAUUCAGCAAAAAAAUAUAGGGCCUGACUGGGCAGGGGAGUGGGUCCACCGUUAGGGUUUCAAAUGAUGGUGGCUAAUCUCCCCUGGCAAGUUAUUCUCCCUAUUUAGCUAAAUUCUACGGUUUUUAAACCUGCAUUGUUAGUCUGGUGAAGACUAGGAGAUGGGAAUCUAAGUAAAUGAAAAAAAAACAGUUGCUGGCUGCCAUGUUCUUGAGAUUUUCAGUGGAACAUCCUUUAAUUGUAAGAAUUGUACCUUCUCACUGUCGUCUUUUAUUUCAGUGAACCAAACAAAGCUGCACCUCUUUUUUCCCAAUUUUCACUUGUUUCCAAAGUGUUUAUUGUAGAAAGAAAAAAGAAAGAGUGAAAAAUGCAUGUACAUGUAUUGCUGUAUAUCAUAGCAAAUGAUCAUUGUAGUUAUGUGAAUGCAGAGUUUAGAAUUAACUUUUCAAAAUAAUUUUUUCCACGCCAACUUACAUGCAGCCAAUCAGUGCAGAUUUUGCAUCACUGGAAUUCAUACCUACCUUUUCAGAAAUUUGAGGAAAAAAUGCUACAGAAGCUAUGUUUGUACUGAAUUGUAGAGAUACAAUAUGAGGUUUUUGUAGAAAACAUUUUGUUGGGUGCUGCAAGGUAAAAGUUUGUAUAAUGUGGUCACGUGCAAGUGAAAAUUGGUUGUUCUGUUACUUCUGUAGAUAUUUUGUUAAGAGAAGUUGUUUUGCUUUCUUGAUUGAA